AAAGAGCAAAUUGUGAAUUCCAUGCAAUGAGUUGGGCAGGUUCAUUCAUUCCAAAAAAUGCAAUAAAUAUGGAAAAAGAUUCAUCAUCGUAUUCGUACGUACGAAUGGGUGUGUAUAAUUAGUUUACCCUGAUUCCUGUGCCAGAGUUAGUUCCCAGUCCAAAGAGCUGAAGAGAAUGGCUUGUAUCGCACCCAACCCUGCCCUCGAUCCUGAUCUGGACCAACCCGAUAAUCCCGCUCACGAGUUUGCUCAGUUCGGAGCAGGCUGUUUCUGGGGAGUGGAGCUUGCGUUUCAACGAGUUUUUGGGGUACUGAAGACGGAGGUCGGAUACUCUCAGGGUCACGUCCACGAUCCUAAUUACAAACUCGUUUGCACCGGCGCUACUAACCACGUCGAGGUCGUGCGAGUCCAAUUUGACCCGGAGGUUUGCCCCUAUACCAACCUCCUCUCUCUUUUCUGGUCUCGCCACGAUCCUACAACUUUCAAUCGCCAGGGUGGUGAUGUGGGUUCCCAGUAUAGAUCAGGAAUAUACUAUUACAAUGAGAAACAAGCUCGUUUAGCCCAAGAAUCAAAGGAAUCUAAGCAGUUGGAAAUGAAGGAUAAGAAGAUUGUCACUGAAAUUCUUCCAGCUAAAAGAUUUUAUAGAGCAGAGGAGUACCACCAGCAGUAUCUUGAAAAUGGAGGACGUAAUGGAGCCAAGCAGUCUGCUGAGAAGGGUUGCAGUGACCCCAUAAGAUGUUAUGGUUAAAAGUUGUAUCACAUAAUGAGUAUACAACAGAACAAGUAUGCAAGUCAUACUUGCUGAAAAUUGGCAGCAUGUUUCUGUUAAAUAUUUGUCUAUGCAUCUUGUGUUUCUGAAGACAUCUUAGCAAUAAUAAGCUGUCCUGUUUUAUUCUUCA